CAUCUUUUCUAAACGGCCUUUAAUAAAUCAGUGAUAUAACGCAGGUUAACACCAACGCAUACUGUAUGGCUUAACACAAUCUCAAGAAUAUAAUUGCAAGGAAAUCAUUGCUUCACAGAUUAGACAAAUGAAAUGAAACACACAGGACUGCUGUAACUCUAACCCCAACUAAAACCAAAAUAGUGGGAAUAACUGUGGAGCGGCACGAUGGUAACUAACAAACAAUGGCUUCAUAAGAUGGCUUCAGUUAUGAGUCCAAUUAUGAACUAUAUGCACCAGUGUUGAAAAUGACUUGGGUAACACUGGGGAAAAAGCUGAUGAUACACUGUGGUAAACAAUUGCUCUGCCAUUUAAGAUGUCAGAGUUGUCUGACGUAGCUAAGUAAUCUGUCAGAGAGCCUGCCUGGGUAUAAAAACAGAUAUCCAUAAUCCCAUCAAGCACGUAGCUGAGUUGGAGUUGUCAGGUAGAGCAAGCCAAGAAGAUUUACACAUAGAGCUAGUUGGGUAUUCAGCCAGAACCACCAGAGAACUGAUACUAGAAAGCAAAAGCAGGAGAAAGAGAAAGUGGUGAUUUAAGUUUAAAAUACAAAAUGGGAAACAGCAAGAGCAGCGCUUUGUCCAAGGAGAUUCUGGAGGAUCUAAAAAUGAACACCAAAUACAGUGAGGCUGAGCUCAGUGCCUGGUACACCACCUUCCUGAAAGAGUGUCCUAGUGGGCGCAUUACUAAAGAGCAGUUUGAGGGCAUCUAUGCAAGCUUCUUUCCUGACGCUGACCCCACCGCGUAUGCACGCCAUGUUUUCCGUAGCUUUGACCUCAAUGCUGAUGGCAUGCUGGACUUUAAGGAGUACAUAAUUGCACUGCAUUUAACCUCCUCAGGCAAAACUAUGCACAAGCUCGAGUGGGCUUUUGCUCUGUAUGAUGUUGAUGGCAAUGGAACCAUCAGCAUAAAUGAAGUUCAGGAGAUUGUAAAGGCAAUUUUCAAUAUGAUUCCGGUUGAAGACCAGACAAAACUUCCAGAGGAUGAGAACACACCAGAAAAGAGAGCAGACAAAAUAUGGAACUUUUUCCAAAAGAAAGAAAAUGAUAAGAUCGCAGAGGGCGAGUUCAUUCAGGGAGUGAUGGACAACAAAGACAUUUUGAGGUUGAUACAGUUUGAUGAGCCAAAGAAGAUACAGGACAAACUGAAGGAGAAGAAACCAUAAAUUUCACACUGCUUUUUCCUGAGACUGUACUCUGCUUAUUUCCUGUUUACACAGCUAAACUUCUAUGCCACUCCGGCACUCCUUUGCUCAAGAGGACCAUCUGCGUGUGUAUGUGUAUUGUCUAAUUUAAUACCGCAGAGCCAUGACCAACCAUCUGUAUUCCUAUUGCACAACUAUACAAGCUCCUUUGAACCAUUGUAUGACAAUGCAUGUCCUCUACUUUCAAUUCAGAUACAUUAUGUAAGCAUCUAUCAUGCAAUUAUUUGCUUUAUUUGUUUAUAAUAACAAGAAUUUGGGGUAAAGUUAAGGUAAUGAGAAAGCAAUUAGGCUCAGGUUAGCAAUCCCUCUCGCAUAAUCAAUCCUCUUAAAAUCUGAAGGUCAAUCCAGGCAAACUCUCAUGAGCCACUGGUAGUUUUAAUUUUGCCAGUUAAUUUGUAUUUGUUUGAAUCUUUUUCUAUUGACAAAAACAAAACACUUUUUAAUCAUAUUUAGUCAAUUGUUGUUUUUUUUUGCUAGUUUUAAUUGAUGAAAAACUAAAAUUUUAUCUAACUACAACUAAGUAGUGUAGCCAAUAAAUACGGUUGUUUUUUUUUUUCAGUUUCUCCCAUAUUUUUUCCCCUCAAAUGUAGUUUUUAGGUUUUCCAAAAGGUAUAUGCAUUAAUUUCUCAUUUCAUCUUGAAAGGAACACCGGAUUGUAUUCAUGCACCAAUCAGAAGAGCCAUUUACAGAGCAGUGUGCAUGACCACAUCUUCUCUUGUCUGCCCACUAACCAAGUGUAUCAAUUUAUUUCCAUGUUCAAACACAUGGUGGGAGGUUUCUGGUGAUAGUGGUGGUGGUGUUGGAGUGGGGAUUACCUUUUGUCAAAUCAACCAUUACUGACAUUUUCAUCUUAUUUUUAUUUGUUGAGGAAAAUGUCCUCACAUUUCAUCUUAGAUUUUGAAUACAAUGGAAGAUUUAGAUUUACUUAUGGCUUCUUUUUCAUCAGGGAAAAAAUGUUAGUUAUUCUGUCAACAAAAGUAACACUGCUCUUUGGCUCUCUUCUGGAUCUGCAUUCACAAGGCGGUGGUAUGGAUUUGGGUGGACACAUUAGGCACCAUCUCUUGCAUCUCAAACAUUUAACUCAAACCUCAGCUGUUUAAUAGUAGACAUGAGAUAUAUAUCUAAAUAGAUAUAUUAUCUUGCUUUUUACUUCAGUUGGCUCUGUUUCUUUGGUGUAUAUGUAUGUGUUCGCCAAAAUGUUCUAGGCUUUAUAGACUUAAGAAACUCACUAUAUAAAUGCAAGACAGUCUUACGGUUACUGUCAGUUACAGUCUACAGUUAUUCAGUCACCUGACUUUUGUUUUUGCCUUUAGCGAAUAUGUUACAUGUUUCAGCUACAGCUGUCAGACAGUUCUUAUUGAUCAUGGUUACAAUCAGUUAUUGCUAAAAUGAAGGCUUUGAUCCUGUGCAUAUUUUACCUUUAAGUCAGUUAAUAAUACACUGUUCAGGUAUGCUGCUCAAAGACGGUCUAGAAUUUUCCAUGCUUUGAAAUGGGCCAGUGCUCUGUCUAGUUACUUAGAAAUUUAUUUUUUUUAUUAACUAAUUCAUUUUGGUAUCAGAAAUAGCUCAUUAUACUGUUGUGUAACAGCUGUACAGUGGAAACCUUGCAUUACAGGUGCAACUUUCUUUUCUUUUCUCUGUCGAAUCCUUGGCAUGUUGCUGCUCUGCUUUCCCAAAGCUUUGGGAAUGGUGAGAAACACCGAGGGCUUACUUCGUUCUUUGGAUUAGGCUAAUGCAUGGCCUGGUUUCAAGGGUGGAAUGUUGAGCUGCUGGAGCUGAUUGGACAUGGUGGAGUUGUAGGAGGACGGCUACGUUUCAUCUGCUUAAAGGGAUCAGUCCUUUCCAAUCACGAUGGCUGGGUUAUUAAGGUGAUGUGAGGUAAUAACAAGAGUUUGACAAAGAUGCUAUGGUCCUGUUCUUGUUGUUAUGGAAAAUAAAAUGUAGUUGAAAUACAUUAUUGUUAUUAUUUCUUUAUUUUGGUGAUUUCAUGGGCAUAUUCAACAGAAACAUGAUGAUUUCCUUAAACAAGUUGUAUUAAUGGGGACCAUUAAUUUGAAAGCAAAUAAAUCAACAAUUACAGCAUCAUAUAAAAAGCAUCUAGUUACACACACACAUGUAUAUUUAAUGGUACAUUUUUUUUUUAAACACACAAUGCACAAUGUUUGUAUGUAUUUGAGUUAUGCCACAUGUAAUACGGAAAUAGACAAUGCUAGACAUGCAAAACUGCGUAACGGUAAACCAACUACACCCAAUGUUAAGCAAGAGAGGAAUGGUAAUUAGUAGAAAAUGAACUUACUUUUAAAAAAAGAAAAGCUUCUGUGUACUACCUGAAAAUAUCUGAGCAUGUGCCCCAUUUGAUUUAUUUAAACAACCCCAAACACUGUUCAAACUCGUAGUUCUUUUGUUUCUUUCAUGAGGUGACACAUCAACAUUUACAUCAACCCCAUACAAUCCCAUUCUGCUCAGAGUCCCUGCAUGGAUUUAUA